ACUGAUGUCCGACUGUCACACUGCGUAUACUGACUAGUCUUCCUUUCCGACAGUCACUGUAGCUUUAACUCUCAUCCGUUCCGUUCGGAACGCAGUGAGGUUUAUGUCACGUGCUUUCGGUCUCGCGGUGCACAUUUUUUAACGACAGCGGGCGAAGACAUGCUCCGCGUAACUGCUCCGUUCUCUCUGCUGUUUCGCAAAUCCUGAAGCUGACAUUGCAUUUCAAGCGCAAAGAUAGCGCCGAAACCAGUAUCCGCUCUGCAUCACCGGCCAAGUAUUUUCACUAGAUCUCUUAUCGAUGUCGCUGUUCGCGCGUCUCUGGCAGCGUAUAGGAACUGGGGCUCGUUUUGUAGGGAAAGACUUGGAAGGAAAUAAAUUUUACGAGCGCCCUAGCUCGACAGAUGAUCCACUGAGGACAAAACGUUCGGUAAAAUACAGAAAUCCGGACGAUAUGUGGCAUUACAUAGGUGGAGGGAGGCGACUACCAGUGCAGUGGUCAACGUGGUUAACGCACACUCGCCCUAACCCUCCAACCAUAGAGGUAAGAUUAGGUUUCGAUGACGAAUGCACUUGUCUUGACGCUUCUGGACUCGAGGAACUCCACUUUGACUUAGCACGCCAGCAACGUGUAGUCCUGAAUGCUGCUAUACUAGAAGCUAAGGAUCGGGAUGAGCGCGCAAGGACUGCCAUAGGUCCAGAGGAUCCCCCUACCCUACCUCACCUUGAAGAUUCAAGGAGCCGCACCGAAAUUCCGGAAGGACUGGGACGCUUAGACCCAGUUUCACAGGAGCCAACCCGUGUAAAUCCUCCCCGUGCCCCCGGAAACGCCAAGGAGCAUAUGAAAGGUACGGAAGGCGUGUCAAGACCAAGACAUCAUGCAACCUCGGACGAGCCCCAGCCUUGGGUGCCGAAAAGUCGUGCUAGAUAAAAACUGGUCCCCAUUAUGUGUUAUACAUUUAUUUCUGGAAAGCUAGCUGACGGGGCGUCAUCGGCAAGAAUGUAUACUUCUGAUUAUUAACAGCCUUUUUUUUUCUUUUUACAAGAGUGGCUAGUAAGCUUGACCUACUCAUGGUGUCAAGCCGUCGACGUGGCAAUCACUGGCUGCACCGACCGCGAGUACUGUAACUCCGGUAAUAUCGGUCACCUGUCACGGGCCGAGUCCGGUCACUAGUUGAAAUCUUAAGACACAAUUCAAGUUGGCAGGUUUGACAGGGCACAGCCGGCAAUGGUCCCACCAAUGCGACAUCCAAAGGCAGUCUUUAGGCAUGAGCCAUCCAUGUUUCACAUAGCCCUCUCUACAUGAUGGUAUCCGACCGGCAUAAUCAGAUACUGACGCGCGUCGUGCGUGCACUUCACUUGCAACUAGGAUAGAUAUACUAUUAUUGAUUUGCCACAAAGUUGGGCUAGUGUUGUACAAAAAAUGUGUGAUAGAUAUCUCAGAAGUUUCUG